AUGAGCUUCAAAUCCCCGCAGCAGGGAAAUCUCAGCAGCCCCACCAUGUUCCUUCUCUUGGGAUUUUCCAGUGCCUACAGAGCACAGAUGACUCUCUGCCUGUGCUUCUCCCUCAUUUACCUGGUGACAGUGCUGGGGAACCUGCUCAUCAUGACCCUUGUCUGGCUGGAUGCCCACCUGCACUCCCCCAUGUAUUUCUUCCUGAGCCACCUCUCCUUCCUGGAUAUCUGCUACUCCUCCGUGACCCUCCCCAAAAUCCUUGGAGACUCCUUCUCACCGCAGAAGACCAUCUCCUUUGUGGGCUGCAUCGCGCAGAUCUACUUCUUCCUUUGCUUUGGGGGCUCCGAGUGCGUGCUCCUGGCUGCCAUGGCCUAUGAUCGGUACCUGGCCAUCUGCCACCCCCUCCACUACCCAACGCUCAUGAGCAAGAAGAUGUGCCACUGCUUAGUGACCAUUUCAUGGCUGAGCGGCUCCUUCUCAUCUUUGAUCCAGGCCUUCCUCACAGCCCACUUGCCCUUCUGCAGGUCCAACAUGAUCGACCACUUGUUCUGCGAGAUGCCCUACUUGCUGAAGGUGUCCUGCAGCCCUGACGCUCCCCUCAACAAAGCCACUUUGUAUGCUUUGGCUGGGACUGUUGCGAUGGGCUCUUUCCUUCUUACUCUCAUGUCCUACGUUUACAUCAUUGGGGCUGUCCUCCAGAAAGGAGCAGGGAUGCAGAAAGUCUUUGCCACCUGCACCUCCCACCUGACCGUGGUGUCCCUGUUCUUCGGUGCUGGGGCCGUGGCGUACCUGGUGCCUCACUCCAGCGGCUCCAAGGAGAUGGAUGAGGCCCUCAGCCUGCUGUAUGCCGUUGUGACCCCCAUGCUCAACCCCAUCAUCUACAGCUUGAGAAACAGCAAGGUCAAAGGGGCCAUCAGGAAAGCCCUGCGCAGGGGGGGUGUUACAGAUGUCCACCAAGGGUGGAGGCAUAGCCGCUGCACGACCUCCACCCUCCCCACGGCAGGGAUGCGUCUCUCAGUGACCCAAGACACAUGA